GUGGAAUAAUAGAUGAAGUGAAAGUCAAAACUAGGCAUGCAGGGUUUUCAAAACACAUAUAUUCUUUCAGAAAUCCACGUGAAGCUAUUGUGGAAAAGAAUUUCAAGUGCAAAAUAUAGUUGUUGCCACUCUAAAAAUAUCUACAUUCCGCGAUUCCGCAUUUAAUGAUAGCAAUAGUGACAGGUCUCAAAAAGUUCGUAUCAAUGCAUUUGACAUCCUGCCUCGUACCUAGCUUCAAUCAAAGUUUAGUUUUCCAUGUAUAUUCAACUGUUUCUAAGUGGAUAAAGUACAAAUAGAAAUAAUUUGUAUUUGUUGAGGUCAAAAAAACACAUUGAAAGCUUUCUAGGAUUUUCGAUUUUUUUAAAAAAUUGAGAAUUGAGAAGCAAAAAUUCCUUCCAUCUGCCCUCACGAUUUUGGAGCUUGAUCGCUCAAAACAAUUGUUGGAUUCCUUUGAAAUUAUAUCAGCUCAAUCAAAACGAGAAGUAACAGUAAUAUUUCUGCUACUACGCCAAUGGGUAUCUGUUAUAUCGGCCAAACGAAAGAUGCAGCUAGUAAAUUUUUUGCUGCUAUACUUCAUUUGCCGCUCCAUUCACCUAGGAUCUGAAUUCUCAUCAAAUUCAUUUCGGUAAAAUCACACUAUGAGUAUAGGUAUAAGAAAUUUCACCAUUUAUGCAUAUCCGGGAAAACCGGUAGCAUAAGAUUCCACUUCUCUUCGCACUCUUCUUAGUCUCUGAUGUGAAAGCCUCCGAGUUCCAAAUAAACAACCAUCAAGAACUGUGGCCUACAGUCGUUAGAAUGAAGUUGAUUUUCACAACAAUUCUCUGCUUCCUCACGUUUCAAUCAUCCACGUCCAUCAACUUAAUCUUGGUAGGACCUGUGAAGUUUUUCGUGAACAAUUCCGAUACGACUUCUGUGAGCAAAUUGCCCCCCAUUUUGGAGUAUUUCCUGCAAAGGGUCCAGGCUGCGAAUUCUAAUUACGUCCACGAAGAUCUCAGCAGGCCGCAAACUUGGGAAAAACCUGUGUAUACUUUGAGUCCUGCUGAAGAGGAAAUGUUUUAUGGUCCGGCCUCCACGAAACCAUUGGUAGAGGAAGCUGUGGUUGUAGAAGAUGAGGUUACCACGACAACUAGCAAAUACGAUAAUUUCGAGUAUGUGGACGAGGAUAAUUCUACAGAGUUGUUAUUCGAGAAAAUAACCGAGGCUCCCCCACCAUUUUCUAUCAAUAACAAUCAGUAUGUCAUCUAUAAAAUUGAGACCUCAAAGAGUCAGGAGGAAGACAAGGAAUAAUAGCUGGCUGGAUUCAAAAUUCGCAGUUUUUCCCGAUAGAAGUAAAUGUUCCACAAAUAAUAUCGAAUGUAACCAGCGGAGUGCAGGGAAUAGGACAAAAUGUAGGACAAGGACUUCAAACUGUUGGACAGAACGUUGGACAAGGCUUGCAAAACUGGGCUUCCUCUCUAGGACAACGAUUCCCAAUUAUAAAUAGACUUCCUAUUAUCGGUUCACAAAUCAAUCAGAAUCAGAUGACAACUCAAAAAUUUCUCGUUAUGAUGCCUGUAAAAAAAGGUGAUGUAAAUAGUCUACCUGAUACCGAAGAACUUUUCACAUACCCUUAAUCAUCUUCUUCAGAAAAGCAUAAAACCCAAACUAUUCCUCAAAAAAAAAACUUACUUUUGAUAUAGUAUUGCUUGGGUACAUUAUUUUCGAUUUAAUUGAUAUAGGUAUAAACCUAAUUCAAAAUUAUUCCUCCAAUUAAAAGUUAACAAUAAACGAUUAAUUUCCAAAUGGAAUAAUUGCUGUUGUACCUAUUAUCCAUUCCUUAAUGUAUGUCGAGCUCUUGUUGAGAUGAAAUUGUGCACAUCCUGUGAUUAAUCGAAGAUUCAGAAUUCCCCUGAAGACUUAAUUUCUGCAUCAUUCGACAUUAAUUGCAUAUAAGCUUGUUCUAUAAUAAUCACUGGAGUAUAAUUCCUUAUUAUUAUUUAAAUGUGAAAUUGAUCGUAUCAUUAGUUUGAGUAUUAAGUUUUAUCACUGAUUUCAAUCAUUUUGUUGUUUGUGAGUAGGAAUCAUCUUUAUUUAAUUUUAUGAGCAUUGAUCAAAA